GCCGCAGCCGCCGCCUCUGCCGCCUCCGCUCCGGCCGCGACCCCAAUAGAGACAGCGUCCUCAGUCUCCGCCCCGCCCCCGCCUGCAGCCCGGCCAACUUCUGCCCAGGCCGGGACACUGGCGCCAGCCCCCCGAGGCCCAGCCGUGGGGACCAUGCUGCCCAGUUCCAUCCAGAUUUCGGGGGAGCCGUUGUCAGGCGCCGAGGUGCGGGACAUCUGCCGCGGCCUGCGCGACAACGCGGUACGCCUGCUCUCGCUGCGCGGCUGUCGCCUGUGCGACCGUGACUUCGGCCGCAUCUGCCGGGCCCUAGCUGGAGCCACGUCCCUGGCGCAGCUCAACCUUAACCUGGGUGUCGUGUCCAGCCCCAGCCGCAUCAAGCAGCUGGCAGAAGCGCUACGGACCAACCGCUCCAUCCAGUCCCUCUUCCUACAUGGGAGCCCACUGACAGAUGCGGGACUGGCCUUGCUGAACCCAGCCCUGGCUCUCCACCCUGCCCUUGUGGCUCUUGACCUAGGGGACUGCAUGUUGGGUGAUGAAGCCGUCAACCUCAUCUGUGGCCUCCUCCCUCCAGACGGGGCCAAGUCUGGUCUGAAGGAGCUAACACUGAGCGCCAAUCCUGGCAUCACCCCUAAGGGCUGGAGCCGCCUCGCCAUUGCUGUGGCCCACAGCUCCCAAGUCCGCGUCCUCAACCUGGACUACAACCCCCUGGGUGACCAUGUUGCAGGGAUGCUGGCUGUAGCUGUGGCCUCAAGCCGUACCCUAGAAGUCCUAGACUUGGAGGGCACAGGGCUUACCAACCAGUCAGCUCAGACCCUGCUGGACAUGGUAGAAAAUUACCCAACAGCUUUGCGGAGCCUGGUGUUGGCUGAGAACAGCAUUAGCCCAGAGCUGCAGCAGCAGAUCUGUGACCUCCUCUCCGAGGGGGAGGAAGAGGAAGAGGUGGCAGGAGAGGCUGUCGACACGCAGGAAUGGGGGAGAGGGCGGGAGCCCGCUGCCCACCAGCGGGGUGGCAGCUCCUGGAUGUGCCCCAGUGAUCCCAGCUCUCAGAUGGUGCUAAUGACAUCAGGACUAGGGGACAGUCUGUUGGCUGAGACCGAGAUGUGACUCUCCACUUGUGCAUCGUUAAGUUUGUCUGUGUCCCAACUAUCUUCCUUCACACGGCAGGGAGAGGCCCUGGCUGGGGCUCUGGCAGCUCCUGGUAGCGGAGGGAGGCUCUGAAGCUGUCAUGGGGCAAUGGCCUGGGGGGGAGGGGGACUUGAACCCAGGGUAUUGACUUUCAACUGUUGGCAGCUCUGGCUGCAACCCGCUGGCUCGGAACAGAUUUUAUAAACGUCACAAUCUGACUUGCAGCCAUCGUCACUGGGGGGAUGACCAAUGGGAGGGCCUGACAGUACUACCAAUCAGCAUUAGGGGUUCUAGCACCCUACAGCUCAGAUUCCAAAAGGUCAGCCUAUGUCUAGGAGCUGGGAAUCCAGACACUUGAAGAUACUUAGAGCGAAGAGCACUGAACAGGACCCUCUUUAAGGGAGGCCCCGUAGUUAUGUACCUGAGCACCCCCUCUCCAUGCUUGGGCUAAGGGAAGCCAUGCAGAAUGGGGUAAAGAAGAGUCUCUGGCAAAGACUAGGAAAAGUUGGGCUAGGAAUACUUAAAGGCAGGAGAGGUGCUCAGCAGUUAACCCAGAAGUCCAGCCCCGGGGCUACCCGGACAAAAGUGCAUGCACAUACACAACCAACCACUAGUAAGUGUUAGCUAGGCAUGACAGCGAACACCUGUAAGGCAGCACUCUGGAGGCAAAGGCAGAUGAUCUGGUGGUUCCAGAGCAGGUCAGUGCUACAUGAGAUGCCAUCUCCAAAAUAAAAACAAGAAUGGGGGGCUGCAGAGAUGGCUCUCAGCACU